AGAGCUAGAGAGCUAGAGCGAAAAGGACGUCUUUAUGACUGUGUGUUGGUUUUCUUGGUUUGUCUCGUUCACCUAAGUCCUUGAUUCAUGGUGCAAUACUGAUUCGCGACACUGAGUCUUGUGCACUACGAAAUGUAGGUUGAUGGCUCGCAUAGGUCACUAGCGAACACUGCUACGGUAGAUGCUCGAAGAAGAAUACUAGUAGGUUUUGCGAACCAGCACUGCUAUGGUGGACCAGUGCAACUGUGUUCGAUGCUAUGUGAAAAGGCAGAUCGCCAGCCAGCCAAACCGUCAGGCGGCUGCCGAGGCAGCAGGCAGGCUUAUAAUCCUUUCCAGCAACGAACGCGAUGCAGCUGUGUCGGAGGCCCUCGUGGCUGGACCGUCCGCGAGCAAGAUAGCGGAGAUCGCGGCGGUCGCAGCCAGGGACGCCUACAGAGAGUACAUCUCGGCGGAAGAGAUUAUCGAGAACAAGGAGCAGCUGGAAGCGAAGCUUGCGGAGCAGAGGGAAGCCAACAAGAGGCAUGCAGUUCCAAGCAAGAAGAAGGAGAAGCCUUCCACUGUGGCUGCUACUAAGACAACCAACAAGCAGAAGAGCAAGAAGCAGUUGGCUCAGGAGGAGAGACGACGGCAAAUGGAAAGAGAGGAGAUCAAACGAGAGCUUGAGGAGCAGCGGAAACUCAACGAGGAGAAGGCGGAGCAGGCCAGGAAAAAAGCCGAAGAAGAGCGCGAGCGACGGAAAGAAGAAGAUCGCAGGCAGAUGGAGCUAGAAAGGGCAGAGCGGCUUGAGCGAUUGAAGCGCAAACCAUCUAAGCGGACGGAGUCAUCUGCGGCAUCAGGCGGCAUCUCGCAUUCCGAGAACGAUCUCAUAUCGGCGACGGAAGAGUCGGAAAGUGAUCGUGCCGAGGAUGACGAUGACGAGGGACACGAGGACGCGGAUGAGGAGAGUGCCGGGGAGGAAACUAGCGGCGACGAGAGAAUUCGCACAGCCAUUGCUGGUGCUGGAAGGAACAGACCGGGCAAACAAACCAACAGCAGUGUUGCAGGGGCCGUUGCCAGAGCAGCUGCUGCCAUUGGACAACCUUCAACUCGAUCUUCCAUUGGUCAGCCCUUUGCCUUGGCCUCGUCUCAGCAGCGGAAAAAAUCCUCACCCACCGCGGCUAGACAAGGAAAGGCUAUUGUGCCACAUGGCCUUCAUGCGUCUGGUGCUGCUGGUGUGGCCGGUGUGGCAUUGGCUAGAAAGCAGAAGACGAGGAAAAUUGUCGGGAGUGUCAAAGGGUACGAUGGCUCUUACUCUCAGAUACAGUCAAACCAGCAGCAAUUUGACAAUGACUUACCUCCACGCUUCCACUGCAAACGAAAUCAUCACCGUAUUCCAGCUGCCAUGCCUGCAUACAGCACGCACAGCGCGGCAAGCAGCGAUGGCGGCGGCGGCGGAGGAGGAGGAAGUGCGCCCACGCACCACACCUCCACGCAGCAGCGCACUGCCGCUGCUGCGUCCGCCGGGCCGCGCUCGCCCAGAUCACGGCCUCCUGGCUACGCACAAGCAGACACCGGCACGGCAACAGCAGCAGCAGCACCUCAAUCAGACACGGCUUCUGGUAUCACCGGCUAUGACGAUACCCUGAGCUAUGGCGAUAGUGUGGCCUAUGGCGAUAGUGGGGCCGUAGAUUGUCAUGAGCACGGUCUGGACAAUUUCCAGUUGAGUGCGUUGGCGGCGCAGUGGCAUAGUGCACCGAAGGACAUGCUGCCCGGCUGGGAAUGCAAUCCACACGUACAGGCCCUGUGGCCUAGCAGCCUGCCUGCCAGCAAACGCCCUCAAAACACCAGCACCAACGCUGGCCGCAGUACGCUAACCAGUUGGCCACCAAACACAACAUCGGCGUCGGAGGACCUCUCAGCCGACGGUGGUGUGCCCGCUGACGACAACUCCACACGGAUAGCGGACGCCUGCGAUGACGAAACCCUGUGGGAUUCCGGUCCCGAUGCCAUUGAGGACGAUGAUCCGCUGAGCGCUCUUCUGCAGAGUUCUUUGGAGCCAUUGCGGCAGCCCGACAUCUCAUCCGCACAAGAUGCCAGUCGUCAUGGUGACGAUACCGCCACUGCAUUGGAAACACUGCCUCUGGCGGAGAGCGGCGAUUCCCAGAACGACGACACGUUUGUGCAUGACGUCCAGGACGACUUGGGGCUGUUGGACGGUGGCGGCGGGGAGGCGCGUAUCCAUGACGACCGUAUCCAUGACGACCUGACACCGCGGCAGGAGCCGGCACAGCUGCUGCAGCUGGCGGCGGAUACAGUGCAAGAGCAGCACUCUAGCCCCUCAGAUGCGAUUCAGUAUAAUGUGAGUAUGAGUAACAAAGACAAUGCUGAACAACAGGUUGACAAACCUGAAGUGACGUUGUUGCCAAAGAAAGCUCCGAUAAUUGGUCGGGGCAAGGCACGAGGUUCCAUCGCUAACCCGGCCCGCAUUGUGGGCCGAGGUCGCGGACGCGGACCACUCCGUAGUCCCUUGGGUACUGGCCCUAGGAUGGGCCCAGUGUUGCCACCCUACAGUCUGCCUGCAAACAGUCCCGGUAUGCAUGCACCGAUGGUAGGUACUAACUUUCCCCGUCUUCCCGCUGGCUAUGCUGCGCUAGCGCUAGGAACAGACCAUUUAAACUCAUUUGAUGCCAUGGAAACAGUGUUGCCCGGCAACAACAGUGAGAGUGCACAGUACGAUGAUGCCGAGCCUGGCAUUAGGUUAGAAGAGACAGGUGACAUCUCUGUAGCUAAUCCUAGCAGUAACAGUCGUAGAAAUGUAGAGGUAGUUCCUGUUGUUUCUCUUGCUGCAAUGCAUGGCGAUAAGGUAGUGGCUCAGUCAGCGUAUGACCCUACUCUAGGUAAGGUAGUUGCGAAUGGCGCCAGGUUCUGCCCUGGCGAUUUUAGUAGGAUGAGUGACAAUGCUUUGUUCAGUCGAGAUCAGACGGUGCUCCCAGCUGGCAUGAUGACAGUAUCUGAUAGCAAUGCACAGCAGGAACUUGAGGAGGCAUUGGCCUCACGUCAGCAUGCUGGCAUAGCAAGUAUUAGUGUAGGUCACAUAGCGGACAAUGUGAACGAUGCACGCCACACCAGUAUGGCUAGAGCGUCCGGCGUCAAGGAGGGAGCAACGGGAGAGCGACCACCGACCGACACGGCUGGCAUGUCCGUAUCGCUGAAAGCCAGAGGCGCGCAAGACGGUGCAAGUGACCAAGUCGACCGGUGGAGAGCUGAAGGCGCCAGCGAGAACGGGGAUGCUGUCGAAGAGAGUGCAGUCGCUGCAAGCAAUGAUGUUGAACUGGUCCAGCGUGACAAGAUUGUAAGUGGAAAGGGCUGUGCCGAGAGCGUGAGAGAAAGGAAAGAUCACACACUGCAGGCCUAUGAGGCCAGCAGACACGCACAGCUAUCCUCUGCGCAACCGCCACACGCCAGAGUUUCUGCUAAAGAGCAAAACCAACCAGCUGCUGGCUUGGAUCACGUCCACAGCACUCCACAGGCAGGCCGUCACACUGCCAGAAACAACACAAUGCCGUCUACUGGUACAUUCUCUCAGCCCGCACAGGAAUCGCUGCCCACGGUUUCCACUGGCACAGCGCCCGUGCUCCGUACUAUGAUCAAUUCCACGGAAUUGACUGAUGUGAGUCAUCAUGCAGCCAACGUCACCACGACAACACACGUGAGUCAUCAUGCAGCCAACGUCACCGGAACAGCUGCACACAGUACUGUUAGACGUACAGGUGACAACACGAGUCUGGGGAUUUCCCUCGCCGCUGACGCCGACAAUGCUGCAAGCCGGUCUGCUGCUGGGGCAAGACAGCAGCAGCAGCAACAGCAGCAACAGGAACAGCGGCAACAGCAGCAAAAUCAGCAACAGCAGCAACAGGAACAACAGCAACAGGAACAGCAGCAACGGCAGCAGCAACAGCAGCAACGGCAGCAGCAACAGGAACAGCAGCAACGGCAGCAGCAGCAGCAACAGCAGCAACGGCAGCAGCAACAGCAGCAACAGCAGCAACAGCAACAGCUACAACAGCAGCAGCUGAAGCAGCAGCACCAGCAGCGUCAGACUAACCCCACUGCAAAGCCUCACAAACAGCAGCACAAGGCACAGUCCAAACCCCAACAGAAGCAACAGCAGCAGCAGCAGCAGCGGCGACAGGACCGGAAGCAGGAUGAAGAAUGGCCCACAAUUGGCGGAGGUUCCGGACCUGCGGCCAGGCACCUUGUCGGAGCACCGUCAACUUUGAGCUGGACGAAGGUUGGUCGUAAGACCAGCUCCUCGCUGACAACACAACAGCUCUAUGAAGAGUCACCGGUGUGGAAGAGCAACAUCUCCGUACUGAUGGACAUGGGAUUCGCCGAGAAUGACGCCAAAAGUGCACUGAGAACGAACAAGAACGACAUGGAUUCGGCUAUCGGUGACCUGCUUGCGAUGGCAGCCACCAACACUUCAUCACCACAGUCUGAGGCAGCACGCCUGCCUAGUGAGGCCGCCGUCAAUGUCUUUGCCAAGCCAUCACAAGCAGCAGGCCACAGUGACAGCAGCAGCAGAGGAGUGCAUCACGCCAAAGAGACAGCAGCAACAGGCGGCGCAACAGCAGCAGCCUCCAGCACUCGACAGCGAUCGAAGAUCGACACAGCAGCAACGGAUGCCAAUUUACCAGGUAAAUCAUCGGUCCGGCAGCCUAUAACUGCAUCGCUAAAGCAUCGACAAGCGAUGGCCUCUUUGACCGGGUUUCAGCCUGUAGCAGAUGGUGUUAUUGAUUUGGGCUUCACGACUCGUUCAAAGCAACAAAAACCGAAACUAGCACCAGCACCAGCAGCAGCAGCAACAGCAACACCAGCUGAGAAGCUACCAGGAAUGGCAGGCGUCAGUUCAAGCAACCCUCGCGGAAAGGAUACCGUUGACAAAGCGUCAGCCGCCAGCGCAGCACAGCAGUCGUCGAGAAACACCGCCACUGCGCGGGUCAAUGGAGCGGGGAGUGCGGCGGCGGCUAGUUCUGCUGUCCCGGCAACUGUUGUCAAGGCUACGCAGCCAGCUGGGCAGUCCAACCAGCGGGCACUGGCAGCUCAAACAGCACAACGAGCUGGGGCCUACGGGGAACAGAGCAGCAGCUCGGGUGGCACGCCAAAAUCAAGCGUUUCUUCUGGGCCUUCCCAGGAAGAACCAGCAUCAUCCCAGCCACCAGCACCGCCACAAACGGGAGGGCCAGCGGGAGCAGAAGACACCGCGUUUCCUCAAGAGCACGUGCAGGCAUUGGCACAGAAGCUGCAGAAUGGACAGCAAUGGUACCAGGUAGCUCAUCAGCGCUUGAAAGCCGCCCAGGCCAGGGAAGCCGAGUUGCGUUCCAUGCCCAACCCGAACCCGGCUGAGCUUGCGCACUGUGUCAAGAGCGUCGCUGAUCUCGCUGUAUACCUAACCAAGCUGAUGAACAACUUGCAGCUAACUAAGCACCAACUUCUUCUAGCAACUGCAGCCGAAUCAAGAGAACAAGGACAAGCCCACACUGCAUAUCCGCCGCAGGGGGAGACGCAACGCCAGAAGCAACAGCAGCAGCAGCAACGGCAGCAGCAGCAACAGCAGCAGAAACAACAGCAGCAGCAGCAACAGCAGCAGCAGCAACAACAGCAGGAGCAACAACAGCAGCAGCAGCAGCAGCAACAACAACAGCAGCAGCAGCAGCCACUGCAGCAGCAGCCACUGCAGCAGCAGCCACUGCAGCAGCAACAACAGCAGUCACUGCAGCAGCAACUACAGCAGUCACUGCAGCAGCAGCAGCAGCAGCAGCAGCAGCCACUGCAGCAGCAACAACAGCAGCCACUGCAGCAGCAACAACAGCAGCCACUGCAGCAGCAACAACAGCAGUCACUGCAGCAGCAACUACAGCAGUCACUGCAGCAGCAGCAGGAUCGCAAGUACCAGGACAGCGUUCCCUCUUCAAGAACAACCCAAGCCCAACUUUCCUCCACAGACAUGCAGAUGCAACAAACAAGUCAAACGAUGUUGUCUCCGAGUACACGGACACAAGGCACUGCAACUAGUGGCCAGGAACUGAGAUCAUCACGAAAGAAUGGCGAUGGUGGUAGCGAUACAUCUCCACAGCCUCGAGCUAGUCCAACACCAUCAAGUACUACGUGGCGUUUUACGGUUAGUCCUGCCGCCCGACCAUCGAGCAGCACCACCUCUAGAACAGUCAACAGCUACACUGCUACUGCCGAUCUACCGCCUGCAUCAGCGACUGGCGCUGCCACCAAGAAACCACUGCUGCCGGAACUGAAUGCUACAAACCUGCUACUCCCGUCCAGCAUGCAUCUGGACAGCGAAUCCGGUGCCUCAUCGUCUUCUCCGGUACUGUAUGAUCAAGCAGCAGCACCGCAACACACCUCAACCAUUGCUCCUGAAAACCUCUCUCUGGAGAGAUACAUGGACGAAGUUGUCUCUGAGCCGGAAACCCUAUCGGACGACAGCAGUGAAAUGUCCAACGAAGAGGACGAGGACGAUGAGGAUGAUUCCGGUGAAGAGAGUGACGUAGACCUGGAUGCGGAGGUGUAUGUAUCAGACAAUGACGACACCUUGGGGAACAGCUACGCACGGGACAAAAGCUAUGCCCAGGACAGAAGCCAUGUGCAGGAAACGGGGAACCCAAUAUACGGUCACACCGAUCUUUUCCUUGGCAGUAAACUUCUGUCUUCCGUCUCGGAGCCAUUGCAUGGAGAAGUGCUGUUCAGCAUGAACAAAACCACACGCGGUGACGCAGGAGAGAUUAUUUCUGUAAACGGCCUCGAAGCGGCAGUCGACGCGCUGGCUCAAAAGUCUGCAACGCCACAACCUUCGCUGAACCCUCUAUCACCCGGCGUACCGUACUCGGACUCUAUCUGGUCAUCCAUUGGCGCUGUCAGUGGUGCCUCUACUGCCAUGGCGAUUGGUAGCAACCGACGUCCGCCGGGGUUUUCCCUGCAGUCCUCCUCAUCUACGUCGUCUGCGUCUGUGGUUCAGCCCGUACACGGGCGGCCCGCAUCACCUGCAGCUCAGUUCAGCUCAAGUGGCUCCAAACAUCAGGCCCCACCUCCGGGACUGAUGCGUCCGAUUGCGUCCGCGGCAUUUCAGAAGUACUCGCCACUCGGAGACGAUGGUCCACAGCGUGGGUCCGGAGAUCCUUCCGCUACUAGCAACCCAUCUGCUGUAGCGCCUGGUGCUGGUGAUCACCUCAGUAGGCCGGCUAGUGGCCAGGAAAAGCAGGGUGGUGGCUUCUUAUCGCGCGCCGUUGACGAGAUUGUAAAGCCGUUCAGCCGUCUGUCGGCCGCUGAGUCGGUAUCAAGCUUGGCCAGCAGCAGCAGCUGCAGCAGCACUGCAACGUCAGUGGCGGUGCCUGCACCCUUCGGCUCGGCCACUGGCAACGCGGACUCACUGGGAGCAUCGCGGCAGGCAAGCGGCAUGUCGCUAGCGUCAUCGGCGGACAGCGAGCGAGCAUUCCGAGCGGGCGAUGCACAACACACCGCCGGCACUCAUACCGCGGUGUUGUUCAGUGGUGUUACUGCGUCCGGGAACAGCACGUGGGAUGCUGGCGGUGUGGAAAGCACGGGCACCGCAGGUAAUAAUGCUGUGCCGACUGGCGGUUUCGUCGGUCAACAGGGCGAUUCUGGCCGACCGUCCGAUGCUGCACGUCAUGGCGGCAGCGGCGGCGGCGGUGGUGGUGGUGAUGACGGCGGCACUUGGCGUAAGCAAGGCGGAUCAUCGGUGUGGGGCGAGGGCGUCGUGUCCUUCUGGACGGGUGACGUGGCGGGGCCGAAGACGACGACGACGAGCACGCAGCACAGAGACUCUGGUCUGGACGCGGCAUGGCCAUCAUCACCAGCGUCAUCUGCCUCACAGUCACCCGUACCAGCAGCAGCAUCCGCUAAGACCAAGAGCAGCUCACGGAAAACGGCCAGCAGAAGCAGUCAGAACCCACAGAAUGAGACGACCAGUGAGGCCAGCGAACGCAAGCGCAAGAGCAAGGCCGUGAAAAGCUCACAGAAGACGUCGGAAUCACCGAGCAGCACAACUGAUAAGAAUGAGGAUACCGUCGCUGUUGACGAUCCUGGGUCUCCAUGGUUACUGGUUUCAAACAUCCCGGACGAGAUGGACGAGGGCGCUUUGCGGCUGCUCUGCCAGGGUUACGGGACCGUGCACAACUUCUGUGUGAAUCGGCAGCGCGGUGCCGCGUUGAUGCGCUACGAGGUCGCGGCAAUCUGUGUUGCAGCUGUGAAAGGUCUGUCGGAGCGCAGGAUUACCUCAUCGGAUGCGGAGCAGCAACUUUCGGCCACGGCAGCAGACAACGUGGAACUAGGACGCUGGCUGCAGCACCUCGCCAAGCAAGCCACAAGUAGCGGAGGAGCACCGACGACGGGAGCUGCCACUGGUACUGCCCUCGCCGAGAAGAACAGGACGGCUGGCCCAAGUGCAGCAGCUGUGGUACCCAGUACUGCUCCUAGUGCCCAGGGAACGUCCGCUUUGUCGACUGGCCACGUGUCAUCAGCACCAGCUGGAGGACCACGUCGCGCAGCGCCUCCCGCCCUGCUCGGCUCUCGACCUCCUGUUGCACCAGGGCCACCCACAGACGGCCAUGUGAUGUUCUACCCGGGCCCGGGACCCCCAGCCAUGGGCAUGGAAUCCGGUCCGCCCCCGGGUUAUGCACCGGGCGGGUACUACAUGCAGGGACCCGGGCCAAGCUGGGAUGCGUACGGGCAACCGGGACCCGGAGUAGCGAAUAUGUACAGCGCCAAUGUUCCGCCGCCCCAGCACAUGCAUCCCCCGUCCAUGUGGAACGCGAGACCACCGCCACCUGGUCCGCACGGUCCCCCUCGUGGACAGGGCAUUCCGCCCGGGUCCGCACCCCCUGGCAUGUACGGCUGGGCACCUCCCACAGGACAACCUAUGGGUGCGCAGGCGCCACCGAACUCCGGUCAACGGUAUCCAAUGGUGACGGGACCGGGUCCGAGUACCGCUGGACUUCCUCCUCGGUUCCGAGAGAGAUCCGCCGAUCGGGAUAAUACUGGCGCACUCGGAUGAGAUCCCGGUGCUAGUGGAGGAGAUGUUUGAUACCGCUGGCUCGACUGCAGGAGAUCCCAGUACUGGUGGAGAUGUUUGCUAACAAUGGCAUAACAGGAUGAGACCUCGGGUGCUAGUGGAGAUGUUCGAUAACAGUGUGCUUGCGGCAGACAAUGAGAGAAGCACACAGUCCGUCUCUGUGUGUACUUGUGAGGGUGUGUGUGUUUGUGUGCAUGGCAUGAAGUGCUAUCUGGACAUGCACAUGCCCACGCACGAGCGAACAAAACACUAGAACUUGCUCGCAUUCGGUUGCACAACCAACUUGCACGCACAUAUAGAUGUGUGUGUGUGUGUGUGUGUGUGUGUGUGUGUGUGUGUGUGUGUGUAUGUGAGAGAGUGUGUGUGUGUGUGUGUGUGUGUGUGUACAGUGAAACCGGUCUAAGACGACUGCUCAAGGGACCGUCAAAACGUGGUCUCCAUUGCCAGGUGGUCUCCUUAUCCAGGGUCAUUUGACUGGAAAUAGCAGUCCUUGAUCCUGGUUUCAGUGGUCUACUUGUACAGGUGGUCGCCCUAUCCGAGUGCUCGCCUUGACCGGCUUUACUCUAGGUGUGUGUGUGUGUGUGUGUUGGCGCGCGCGCGUGUGUGUGUGUGUGUGUUGGCGCGCGCGCGUGUGUGUGUGUGUGUGUGUGUGUGUGUGUUGGCGCGCGCGCACGCGUGUGUGUGUGUGUGUGUGUGUUGGUGUGGGCGUAUGGAAGUGAGAAAGCGAGACGGGUUGAAGACACUCUUGCACUUGGUGUUGGUAGACGGAAAACGAGACUUCCUCAAACGUAAUUCUAGAAUAGAUGAAUGUGUGCAGAGCGGCGGACACCACCCACUGCACUCAGUAGUAGAACAUGAAUUUUUUCUUUCUUUUCUUUUUCUUUUCUUUUGUUGGCUCUUCUGCCUGGAUUUCAUUGACAGAUGCGUUAAGCCCAUGGAUCCUUCCAUGAGUGACAUGGGAACUGUAACUAUUAUUAUUCUUAUUUUUUUCUUUUUCGUAACCUGAAAACGGUUCUGAACAUUUUUCCUUUCGCAUCUACGUCUAACAUUAUUAUCUCUCACAUGUUUGUUGCCAUGGUAGUUAUCUAUCACCAAGAAUCAUCAUCAUCAGCCUUUUUGCGUUGACAUCGCCAAGCAAGCAUGGCUAGUCUUCGCGGAGGCCAAAAGGAAUAAAGAAUGAGAAACGAGCGGGGUCAAUGAGGUGCUAAUACGCAUGCAGAAGCAAAUGCAAAGAAUGGUCAUCGCACAGUUUGUUCUCUUGGUUGCGAUAUUGAACUUGUUAUCUCCGAAAGGCUAUUUUUUUUGCUUUUUGUAUGUAGCAAGGUGCCAUAUUGGUGGUGCCUGGCAUUGUUCUCGUAAUGCUGUGGAUCUGUUAGUGCACAAUCGGUGCUGCUCAUCUCAGUAAUGAUUAUUCGGUUCUGAACAUUGGUGGCUAGGCUCAUGAUGGAAUCGAGGUAGUUUUGUCCCUGCAAUAUAGAGAGAAUGCGUGCAUGUAUUUCUCAUUUUUCUCUUUUAGUUUUACCGUUUGCUGUUGUUUGAAUUUUUGAAUUCUUUAUUCUCACGUUGUUGUUGUUGUUGUUAUGUACACAGCGAAUGCUGCUUUUUCGUCGGAGGGUGAAACCUCCGAUUUCUGCCGAAAACGAAACAAUCAUAGUUUGCUAACCGCAAUCAAUAAGACAAGCUGAAUCGACAUUUGUGUACACUUUAUUCAUAUAAGUUUUGCUAUAAUUAUUUGCAUGAUGAGUUAAAAAAAAGGCGUGGUCAUCGGUCGAUAUAAUAAUUAUACCCAUUCGUUCCCAUCUA